AUGGCUCGUACCAAGCAAACCGCCCGCAAAUCGACCGGAGGAAAGGCUCAAGAAAGCAGUUGGCCACCAAGGCUGCCCGCAAAUCGGCCCCAGCUGCCGGAGGAGUCAAGAAGCCACAUCGUUACCGCCCAGGAACCGUCGCUCUUCGUGAGAUCAGACGUUACCAGAAGUCCACUGAGCUCCUUAUCCGCAAGCUGCCAUUCCAGCGUCUUGUUCGUGAGAUCGCCCAGGAUUUCAAGACUGACCUUCGCUUCCAAUCUUCCGCUGUCAUGGCUCUUCAAGAGUCCGCUGAGGCUUACCUCGUCGGACUUUUCGAGGACACCAACUUGUGCGCCAUCCACGCCAAGCGAGUCACCAUCAUGCCAAAGGACAUCCAAUUGGCCAGACGUAUCCGAGGAGAGCGUGCUUAAAUUCUUACUAAUAAGAUUUUAA